GAAGCGUCUGUGUAGAAGCCGACGAGCUGGCCCGGGCAGGAGGACAGUGUGAUGAGGCGGCCGGCAUGGCGGCUGGUGCUGCUGUGCCUGGUCUGUGGCUUCUGCUCCCUGCUCUACGCCCUGGCUCAGAGAGGAUGCGGGAACUCCGAGGCGCAGGAGCCCGCAGCCGCCUCCACCGCAGUGUGGCGAGGGGCGCUAGGUGAGCGGCGCAGGUGUAAGGAUUUCUCUCUCUCUUUCUGGAACCCCUAUUGGAUGCUGCCCACUGGUGUUUGUGGAAAAAACUGCUUUUGGGAAGCUGCUUUUAGGUACAACCCUCCUGAAAAACAUGAACUGGAUCUGGAUCCCAUGCACUUGGCAGUCGUGGCUUGUGGCAAUCGACUGGAAGAGACGGUCACAAUGCUGAAGUCUGCACUUCUAUUCAGUAUGAAGCCCCUUACGUUUCAUAUCUUUGCUGAAGACCAGCUGCACAAUGACUUCAGCACAAUUCUGAACAGAUGGGGAUUUUCGCAGAAGUUUAAGUAUACACUUUAUCCAAUCUCCUUUCCAUCGGAAAAUGCAGCAGAAUGGAGGAAACUUUUUAAACCAUGUGCGUCACAGAGAUUGUUCUUGCCGUUAAUACUCAGAGAUGUGGACUCCUUGCUGUAUGUUGACACAGACAUACUUUUCUUACGUUCAGUGGAUGAUAUUUGGUCCUUUUUAAAUGAGUUUAAUUCUACUCAGAUUGCUGCUAUGGCUCCAGAGCACGAAGAAGCACGCAUAGGAUGGUAUAACAGGUUUGCACGCCACCCUUAUUAUGGAAAGACUGGUAUUAAUUCUGGAGUUAUGCUGAUGAACAUGACGCGUAUACGAAGGAAACACUUUAAGAAUGACAUGACCACUGUUCGCCUGCAUUGGGGGGAAAUGCUUAUGCCAUUGCUGAAAAAGUACAAGCUCAACAUAACUUGGGGGGACCAAGACCUGCUGAAUAUCAUUUUUUCCCAUAACCCAGAAAGUCUGUAUGUCUUCCCUUGCCAGUGGAAUUACCGUCCUGAUCACUGCAUCUAUGGAAGCAAUUGUAAUGAAGCUGAAGAUGGAAUUUUUAUCCUUCACGGGAACAGAGGUGUAUACCAUGACAAUAAGCAGCCAGCGUUUAGAGCUGUAUAUGAGGCACUGCGAAAUUUCUCAUUUGGAGAUGACGUCGUCCAUUCUUUGUUGCUUCCUUUAGAACUGGAAUUGCAGAAAACAGAGCACACCUACUGUGGCAGGAUACAUAAACUCUUCACAAAGCAGCUUACCAAAAGCAUUCAUGACUUUUAUACUAGGCGAUCAAACGUAAGGUGAUGCUUUUGGCUGAGCGACAUUGUGUGUGAACUAAAUGGGAUCGCACAAAGAAAAGAGCCACAGUUGAUCAUACGCUUCUGUUCAUAGGAAGCACUACAUGCUGUGUACUUUUACUGGAAAGCGUUAUGGCCAUUUAUCAGAACCGAGCAAAUGCUUUCAAAGCAUCCGACUCUGUUUGCAUAGUACUGUACAAGGGUCAGAGUUUGUGGUAGGUUUUCUACAUCUAAAGGAGCUUUGGGAUAAUGUUUUGUAGCUUGCAUUCAAGCCACAUGUAGGGUAUCAGCAGUUUUUAUACAUCAACCUUAGUAACACUUAUGUUCUGAUCCUGAAUUAAUAAUAUUUUAUAAUAUUCUGUAUGACUGAGCCGUCUGAACUAUCGACUAAAGUUAACCCAGUCAUGGCGAGGAACGUGUCACCAGUCCUAUUGGUGGGCGAGACAUUUGCCUGUCCUCACACCCCCAAUGUCAGUUUCACUGCCCCCUCCACACUAUGAAAUAGAGCAUUGAGCAGAGAUUUCCCAACUCUUCCUAAAAUCAUUUGGAUUGGGACAAAUACUGGUGAAGUACAUGGGUGACCUGCAUGGGAAUUCCUUAAAUGUGUAUCUUCUGAAAGUUUAAAAAAAAAGUUUUGCUGUGUGUCCUGACUAGCCUCCUUGCCCCUACAUUACCUUGUGCUAUCUUGUGUUAAGGACUUUAGAAGUUUGAGAAUCACUGCUUGCCAUUGUCAUAUCAGCUGGAGCAGUGUUCUUCAACCUGUGACCCUCCAGCUGAUCCAAAACUACAACUCCCAUCUUGCCCUCACAGCCUGCAGCUGUUAGGGCAUCAUGAGAGUUAUAGUUUUGCAACAGCUGGAUACCCAUAGGUUGGAGUUCACGGAGCUACAGUUUAAGAUUUAAUAUGUAAUGAGGUUAUGCCAUGAUUGAUUUAAAAAAUGAAAAUCCGACAAAAUAUAGUACAUGACGAUCCCUUUCAAAGGCUUCAUUCACACGUCCGUGGAACACUGUCCGUGAGAUACCGGACUGGCUUAAUGCAGGAGCGCACAGCGUCAUUGGUUGCUAUGACGCCAUGCGCUUUGUGCCGCCGCCGCAGUACAGGAAUACACUCGUAUGAUGUAUACGGACGUGUGGAUGAAGCCUAACAAAGCUAGGACUUGACCUGCUAGAUUAUCUUCAGGCUGCCAGCUCAGGGGCAUGUCUUUUCUCAGUUGGUGUGCCCUUUCUGCUGCAGCCCUCUCCCUAUCACAGAUCCGGAGGCAUGUCCUUGUUCAGUGGGCGUGUUCUUUUCCUGUAACUGUCACAGCUUUUAACAAUAGAUAUUGCUUUUGGCAGUUGAAGGAUUGAACUGAGCAUGUGUGACCACCUCAGGAGGUGUACCCGCACAUUGCCAUACAGAUUAAACACCAGGGGGUGCCAUUAUAAUGAAGUAAAGAGAAUGUCUCACAACUGGAGCAUUUUUAUAAAAGAAAAUAAAUAGCAAAAAUACAUUUUCAUGCUGAAUUAUAUUAAAGUAAAAUUUAAUAGUUGCCCAACCCCUUUAUUUUAGGUUCUGUAAUGUGGGGAUUUUUGGAAAUGAUAGCUAUGUUAUCAUACAAAGACUGAUCAUGAGAGUACAAAUGUUCACAAUCUUUUGUGUCUAUGACAGCAAAAGAGUUCUGGGACACAGAAAUGAAUUUUGGAGAUAAGGAAAACGAGAAUUGUAAAGGAUAAAUAAGAGGAAUUCUUUGGUAGACUUUUGGUAAAAGAGAAAGGCUGUCCAGUCAGCACAUUACUAUAGUCCCCUUUGAGGUAUAGAUGGCUCCUGUAUUCUCUUGCACUAAGACUCUUUGCACUAGGGCAUGUUUGGAGAUUUCCCCAGGACUACUCCACCCUAUUACUCCCCUUCCAUUUAUAAUGGGUGUGAGUUAGGAAGCUUUGUACAUAUGUUUUAAUGUUUGUUUUUAGUUGUUACAAAUUUUAUAUGUUCAGCUUUAAAAGGGCAUUCUCAUCUCCGACAUUCAUGGCAUAUCCCCGAUUAUGCCAUAAAUGUCUGACAGAUGUGGGUCCCACCUUUAAAGG